UAACUGGAUACUUUAUGCAGAAAGUAGCGGGACAUAUUAUUUAUACAAGAAGAUGGGCGUAUAUGAGUCAUAUAAAACGACACAAUUGGGCACAUUGAAGCAGGUACCGUUAUUUACUGUACGCCGAUUGGCUCAAAACCCGUCGGAAGAUCGCCUCAGAAUGUGUAAUGAAUGAUAGCGUCAGCGAGCGAAAUAUCGAGGGAGAUUCGGCAGUUGUUCACAAUUAACAUUGGAUCUAAACGUGGCUCGUGAGUUGUACAGGCGCACCCUUGUGCUACUAACGCGCAGCGUGUGAGACCAACCUAAAACAUAAGCUCCGAAGAAAUGGGUGCUGGAGGACAGCGGAUAGAACCGGCGAGCAGCGGUGUUUUCACCUGGGAAGAAGUGCAGAGCCACUGCAGCAGGAAUGACCAGUGGUUGGUGAUUGAUCGCAAAGUGUACAACGUCACAGAGUGGGCCAAGAGGCACCCUGGAGGCUUUCGGGUCAUCCACCAUUAUGCAGGAGAGGAUGCGACGGAAGCCUUUACUGCUUUUCAUCCUGACAAGAAGUUUGUGCAACGCUUUCUGAAGCCGCUACUGAUUGGAGAGUUGGCGGAAACAGAACUCAGCCAAGACAGGCAGAAAAAUGCUGCAGUCAUCCAGGACUUCCAGGCCUUAUAUGCACACGCAGAGGAACGGGGUCUGUUUCGGGCCCACUCUCUGUUCUUCUUGGCCCACCUGGCUCACAUCCUGCUGAUGGAGAUCCUGGCCUGGUUGCUCGUACGGCACGGGGGGACUGGCUGGAUCCAGACGGCGCUCUGUGCCAUCUUGAUGGCGACUGCCCAGAUCCAGGCCGGGUGGCUGCAGCAUGAUUUUGGUCACCUGUCUGUCUUCAGGAAAUCCUCAUGGAAUCAUCUUGCACACAAAUUUCUUAUUGGACACUUGAAGGGAGGUUCCGCUAACUGGUGGAAUCAUCGACAUUUCCAGCAUCACGCAAAGCCCAACGUCUUCAGUAAAGACCCCGAUGUCAACAUGUUGCGCAUCUUUGUUGUCGGAGCCACUCAGCCUGUAGAGUAUGGCACCAAAAAGAUCAAACUUAUGCCGUAUAACCAUCAGCACCGCUACUUCUUCCUGGUUGGACCCCCGCUGCUAAUUCCAAUUUAUUUCCACCUUCAAAUCAUGCAUGUGAUGAUCUCUCGACGUGACUGGGUGGAUAUGACCUGGUGCUUGUCAUACUACCUUCGCUACUUAAGUUGUUACAUUCCACUUUAUGGUAUCCUGGGCACAGUGGCACUCAUCAUAUUUGUCCGGUUUCUCGAGAGCCACUGGUUCGUGUGGGUGACUCAGAUGAAUCACCUCCCGAUGGACAUCGACCACGAGAAGCAUCAAGACUGGCUCACCAUGCAGCUCCAAGCCACCUGCAAUAUUGAGAAGUCCCCUUUCAACGACUGGUUCAGCGGACACCUCAACUUUCAGAUUGAACACCAUCUUUUCCCAACAAUGCCGCGUCACAACUACCACCGGGUGGCGCCGCUUGUGCGAGCCCUGUGUGACAAACAUAAGAUUCCUUACCAAGUGAAGACUUUGGGGGAAGGCAUGAUCGAUGUCAUCAGGUCACUGAAAACUUCAGGGAAUCUUUGGCUGGAUGCAUAUCUUCAUAAAUGAUCAUUUUCUCACACCUGCUGUCGAUUACAUUUGGUUUGAUUCUGGACUAUAAAAUGGAGUGUGUAUUUUCAAUGUGUGCAGGAAUACUGUAAUGUAUUUUGUAUUUCUUUCAAUACGUCAUUAGAUAAAAUUUUAAUUUUAAUAAGCAAGUGCCCCGAUUAAGAAUAGAUUUGGCAUGGUUAAUAAUACAGUCGUCGAAAAAAGGUUUGGGGGCUUUGUCAUGUUUUGUCGACUGGUGUGUGUAAUUUUCUGUUGUUUAUUCAUCUUCAUGUUUAAUGAGCUUUUAUCAUACUGAGCUAAUUUGUGCUGAGAGCCUGCAAUGGUUGCCAACCAAUUGCAGUAGAACACGAGACAAACAGGAAUUUCUACAUUAACACCUAAUGUGGAGAAUCGGCUGAGCUCGUGAAACACUUCUCGACAAAGUGAGGCUUCAUAUGUCCAUCACGCAUUGUUCUGCGCUUCCUAAAUUCCUGCAUUUCUCGGCACACACAUAGAAGCCUCGGCACAAUUUGUCCCAUAAGUUUACUCCCAACUGAUAGACACUUCCGGUAAAAAGUGU